AACUAAAACUGGUUACGAGAGUAGUAGGAAGAAGAAAGGGGGAUGUGAUGGUGGAUGUGUUUCUUGUCAUUACAGACCAAAUCAAAACAAAUAGUUUAUUUAUCUCAUGAUGAAUUUAGGACCUAAUAAUCCUUACGGCAAUUCGUUGCUGUUUGCUGGAUUUAAUCAAGACCAAGGAUGUUUUGCUUGUGGAAUGGAAAAUGGAUUCCGUGUCUAUAAUUGUGAUCCACUGAAGGAAAAAGAGAAGCGGGACUUCUCCGAUGGUGGAAUAGGUUAUGUUGAGAUGCUUUUUAGGUGCAAUUACUUAGCUCUUGUAGGUGGUGGAAAAAAGCCUAAAUAUCCACCUAAUAAAGUCAUGGUUUGGGAUGAUUCACAAGAAAGACAAGUAAUAGAACUUGAUUUUACAUCUGAUGUAAAAGCAGUUAAACUAAGAAGAGACAGAAUUGUGGUUGUUCUGGAAACAAUGAUCAAAGUGUAUACUUUCACUCAAAAUGCUCAGUUACUUCAUAUUUUUGAAACUUGUCUGAAUCCUAAAGGUUUGUGUGUGCUUUGUCCGAACAGCAACAAUUCACUUCUAGCAUUUCCUGGGUGUAAAACUGGCCAUGUCCACAUAGUUGAUUUGGCCAAUACAGAGAAACCACCCUUAGAUAUACCCGCUCAUGAAGCUUCACUCAGUUGCAUUGCACUGAAUUUAGUUGGAACAAGAAUAGCUACUGCAUCAGAAAAAGGUACUUUAAUUAGAAUAUUUGAUACUACCUCUGGAAUGCUUGUAACUGAAUUAAGAAGAGGUGCCAACCAAGCUAAUAUUUAUUGCAUCAAUUUUAAUUUUGAUUCUUCUCUUAUUUGUGUGUCCAGUGAUCAUGGUACAGUUCAUAUUUUUGCAGUGGAGGACAGUAAAAGAAAUAAACAAUCCAGUUUAGCAUCUGCAACCUUCUUACCUAAAUAUUUUAGUUCUGUUUGGAGCUUCUCCCGUUUUCAAGUGCCUGGUGGGUCACAUUGUAUAUGUGCUUUUGGCACAGAACCUAAUUCAGUUAUUGCAAUAUGUGCUGAUGGGAGCUAUUACAAAUUUUUAUUCAAUGCAAAAGGAGAAUGUACGAGAGAUAUUUAUGCUCAAUUUUUGGAAUUAAGUGAUGACACUUCAAUUAUGGACAUUUAUGGAAAGAACAGAUGAACUUCUUUUUAUCAGCAUGUAAAUUUAACUAGAUGUAUAAUGUGUACUAUUCACGUUGCAGCUGAAUGUAUCAUAAUUUCAAUUUAUUUCUUAAUGUCUUUCAGACAGCUGUUUAUGUUGUAAUUUGACAAAAGGCAUUAGUGUAAGGAAGUAUUUGUGUUCAUAUUUCCUUCUGUGUAAUGUCUUUCUAAUUUUCCCUCCCCCUUUUUUUUUUUUAAGUUUUGCUUAAAAAUUAAGUGAAUGACCAGAAUGCAAGACCAGAUUGGUUAUUGCUUAAAAAAGUUGUGUAUAAAUGUAAUAAGGACAAAUUUUUAAACAUUUGCUGAAAAAUAUAUGCUGUUAUUGUUUUAUAACUGUCUCAGAUAAAAUUUAAGAAGAAAAAAACAAUUUUAAUCCUUUUAAAGGAAUAAAUGGUUUAAUAUUUGCACAUGGAAAAAAAACUGUUAAAUCAUUUUUUGAGAUAUUUUAACUGUUGUUGUGUAGCAUAGUCCUUUUUAUUUUUGUAAACUCAUAUGUCAAAUUAUAUACCGUUAGUAAUAACAUUUAAUCUAUAUCAUUAAUUCUUUUGUUUUGUUAAAAUAUUUAAACUGUUUAUUUCUUCACAUUUUCAUUUAAAAAUGUGUUUUUCUGUAUAUUGUAAAAAUGUGUUUCGUGUCUUUCUAGUCAUAAGUUAGAUUAAGCUGGUGUCUUUAAAAUUAUUACAAGUUUAUACUUCUGUGAUAAACAUAAGCAAAAUAUUUAUAUUAUUGUAAUGCAAUUGAGAUCAGUAGCUUGCAAUUUCUUUCUUUUUUCAUAACUUUUGAAUUUUAAAGUUUCUUUUUUUCCUUCAUUCUUGUAUUUCAUAAUUUUAGGCUUCAACUUAAAAUUUGAAAAUAUUUAUGGAAAUGAAAAUGUUGAAAAUAAUCAGGUACUCUGAAUUUAUUUCUGUAAAAAAUAAGUGCUCAACCUGCUGUCUUUAAAGAGUCAGUGUGUAACAUCGUACGAAAGAUCUUUCUUUCAUAAUUUUUUUUCUUUAAUAUAAAAAUUAUAACACCAAAUUUCAAAUAUAUUGCAAUACCAAUUUAAGCAGAUAUAAAUUUUUAAUCUAUUCCUUUUCUUUUUCUUUUUGCAGUAUAUGUAACCAAAACAAAACAAUAGUUCAAGGAUUUAUUUUGAACAUAAAAGAUUUAAGCAGUUAAAUUGCAAUAAAAAAAAUAAUAGAAUUAAUUUUCUAUUGAAAAAAGUUUAAAGCUUACUAUUAUUUUACUAAACAAGACAACAUGUGCAAAAUGGAAAAGAUUUGUUCAUUGAAACUAAUAUAUAUACAGUUUAUACAUAGUAUAUAUACAGUUUAAACAGAGUAAAUGUAAUUUUCUAUACUUAGUCUUUUUAUUUACAUGACAAAUUGUUAUUGUUCUUAUUUUAAAGAAUAAUUAAGGUAUUCUUAAUUGAUAUUAGAGCUAAAUUCAGCUUGACCCUCAAGCCAUAGUUGUUUUUUCCUUCGGUCCUCCUUCAAAAAGUAUUGUAUACUCCUGUUUUAAGAUUCCAAAAUGAAGUUUUACAAAUAAUUUAAAUCUAUUUAUUUUAUAAAUGAAAUUUCUAAAUUGUUUUCCAUAAUAAAUGUAAUAUUUAUAGAAUCAUAUCUGAUGCAUGACUUGAAUGUUAGUUCAUUAUUUAUGGCACUAAAUGUUAAUAGGAUUUGUGAGAUAUGUAAAUUGUAUAUUACUUGUCGGACCCAUAUUUUUGUGAUACAUUGUAAUAUAUUUUGUUAAGAAAAUUAAUAAAAUGUAUAAAUGAUGUUA